CGAGUCAUUCGGAUGUGUGCGUUUGUUGCUGUUAGGUAGUCUACGUCAAAAUGCCACUGUUUGGAAAGAAACAUUCGGAUUCCGAUAAGAACAAACACGUUAAAGAUGGAGAUGUACGGAGAAAAUACGAAUUUAAGGAUACUCUUGGAACAGGUGCUUUUUCUGAAGUAGUUCUAGCAGAAGAAAAGUCCAAUCGUGGCAGAUUUAUGGCUAUAAAGUGUAUUGACAGACAUGGCUUAAAAGGAAAAGAAGAAGCACUGGAGAAUGAAAUCUCUGUUUUAAGAAGAUUAAAUCACCCCAACAUUGUUCAGUUAGUAGAUGUGUUCGAGGAUAAGACACAUGUAUAUCUAGUCAUGGAGUUAGUGACGGGUGGGGAGUUGUUUGAUAGAAUUGUAGAAAAGGGUAGCUACACAGAAAAGGAUGCAAGUAACCUGUGCAAACAGAUCAUUGGUGCUGUUGACUAUAUGCAUGACAAGGGUGUUGUGCAUAGAGAUUUGAAGCCAGAAAAUUUAUUAUACUACAGUCAUGAUGAGGAUUCAAAAAUCAUGAUUAGUGAUUUCGGCUUGUCCAAGAUCGAGGGCUCAGGGACCAUGGCGACGGCUUGUGGGACUCCUGGUUAUGUUGCUCCUGAAGUGUUGGCCCAGCAGCCAUACGGCAAGGAGGUGGAUUGCUGGUCUAUAGGAGUCAUAGCCUAUAUUUUGUUGUGUGGGUACCCACCUUUUUACGAUGAAAAUGAUGCUGAGUUGUUCAAGCAAAUCCUGAGAGCAGAGUACGAGUUUGAUUCUCCCUACUGGGAUGAAAUUUCAGAAUCAGCCAAGGACUUCAUCCGUAAGCUGAUGUGUAAAGACCCCAAACAUCGAAACUCCUGCAAACAAGCCCUCGCUCAUCCAUGGAUAUCUGGCAAUGCUGCCCUGGAUAAGAACAUCCAUGCAUCUGUAAGCGCACAGAUGAAGAAGAACUUCGCCAAGACCAAGUGGAAGCAAGCGUACAAUGCGACAGCUGUCAUCCGACAAAUGCGGAAACUUGCUAUGAACAAAGAAGAUGCACAUUGAAUCAAAAGAAUGGCUGCUGGCAAAGGGACAUAACUCAUAACAUGAAAUCGAGAAGCCAAGUUGUCAGGAGUUGUUUCGAAAUGAUGACUGGUUUCCGAGAUUUUUCUGUUGUAUCAAGGUGUGGGUCGGCUAUUUGGCACUUCGGUUGGCAAGGUAGCGAUUUGAGAAAUCGGUUUUCAGUAACGCUGGAUUGAUGUUCAGUUGAAAUGUGAGGUCGUCACUAUUUAGACAAACAUGUAUCGUUCUUCUUGAUACGUGGGCAGGUCGCACAUUUCUUUUAAUAUGAUGUUGUGUAUUCUAUUUGCUUCCAUCUGUGAGUCUGUAUGUGUGUUUUCUGUCCAGGUAGGCUGAGAGCUGUGUGAGAGAGAGGGGUGUAAGAGAAACUGUGAAACGUUUUAGUAGCUUAUUGAUUCACAUCCCUGAGGGCACAACAGACGCAGCAUAAUUAUGUCAUAAUAUUAAAAUUACAAACUAAAUUUAUCAUCUUAAGAAUUUUUCAAAACAUUUUAUGGUUAACAAAUUUCAGCGAGGUUUAUAAAUAAUCUGUUGCUAUCUAUUUUGAAUGUAAAACUUUAACAUGUUUAGAUACAGUGUUUGUUAAGAAAAUUUAACUAGCUUUCAUGAAGAAUAUAAAACACUUAUUUUGAAUAUAAAACUUUCAUUAUAUAUAGACUGAUCAAAGACAAGGGGGGUGUAUUUUAUUUUUUAGAUUUUGUUUUUAAACAUAAACCCCAUUUCCCCAUUAUUCUCAUGUUUUAAAUUAGGACUAUUCGAUAGCGCCUUUAUUUUUCAAACAGAUUUUGAUUCCUAGAUUUUUAUGAUGUAAAAAGAAGGGUGAUUUUAAUCAAAACGUUAUUUAUUUAUUUUUGGAACAGUUUGUUUUAAUAACACUGACAAGAGUUGAUGAAAGUUAGUUUGUAAAUGUUAAUAUGCUUUUCAUGUUAUUUUCAUGUCAAUUAAAAAUUUGACCAUUGAUGCCAGAUGCAGAAACACAUUUCACGCUUGCAACACUUGAUGUAUUUUCUCCAUAACUGUUGCUAGUGUUGAAGCAUCUCGAACAGAACAAGUAAUUAGAUUAAUACAAACAUUCCAAAACUCACAACUAUUCAUAGCAUACUAAUUAUUUCUGUCAUUUGUACAAUAAUGAUAUAUUAGAUAUGAAGACUAAUCCAUACUGUAUCAGUGUUGAGUUUCUUUGUACAUGUACACAUAUAAGGGCUGAUUCUCCAGACUUGCACAGAAUUAACAGAAUACGAGAAUUCAGGAACUGAAAUUAAUUUUAAUAUUCUGAAGAUCAAAGUGUUACUUCUGAUUUAACAGUGUUAACAUGUUUAACAAACCAAACAAUAUGUUAUUUCUGGCUGAGCACUGUUAACAACAUUUAUUGUAUCUCACAUAUAUCACUCAAUCACAGGCUUGUUGUAUUUUCAUGUGUCAAACUUGGUGUCGUGUACUGCGCAACUGAUAAUUGUCUUAACAUGUAAAGAACAGCAUGUGCUUAUUUUUGUUUGUUACACAGUUUGUCACACAUCAGAAAUAUGGUAUAUGUGAGAGUGCCAUUUAAUAUCAUGUUUCUGAAAUUGUUUUAAUUUAUUAAGGUUUACACAUUUGAUUUCGGUGUUUAUCAUACAAAUUUAGAUUUUUUUUUUGUACAAUCAUCUAAUAACAUAAUGUUGAUUUGUAAAAUAUUUUAGUGCCUGUAAGAGCAAUCGAUAUAUUAAUCCAUACUGGAAAAUUUGUCAUCAUUAACAGUAAGAUUAUUGAUUGGUUAUUAAUCAGAAACUUAUGACAAAUUAUUUGUAAAAAAAAAAUAAAAAUUGGGAGAGAAUUUUUCAAAAUGUGAAAGGGUUAAUCAUCCCUCUAUACAUGUACGUGCAGGCAUACUAAGGAAGAAAUCUCACUGCAAUAGUGUUUACUCAAUUAUUUUGGUGCAAGUCAGUUAUACAAUUUGAGAAAUUUUAUACAAUUUGAGUAGUGUUAUACAAUUUGAGUAGUGUUAUACAAUUUGAGUAGUGUUAUACAAUUUGAGAAAUGUUAUACAAUUUGAGUAGUGUUAUACAAUUUGAGAAAUGUUCAGCAACUUUAUAAUUGGUGUUAUUUUAUUUCAUCAUAUGAUGCAUUUCAGAUCGAGUUUACAGAUAUAUGUUGUGUAAUUACAUGGUUCUUGGAAACAAUUCAUUUGUAAUUAUUGUCUCAUGAAGUAAUUUAUAUAACUUAUAUUGAUUCAUUGAAUGUAAAAUCAAAUUAUUAGGAAGUCACACUUGAACUUGUCAAUUGUUAUAAAAACACAGGAAGCAGCACUUUAACUCGAAAUAUAUGUUAUAAAUGCGAAUUUUCAGAGUAUUUGCAAUGAGUUAAAGAUAAAUCAUGUUACGAGAAAGAAAGCAAGAAAUAAUAUAAAAUUAAAUUCAUCAGUAAUUGACUGGGGGAAAGCAAUUGGGGGAAAAGCAAUUGGUCAAAAUCUGUGAGUGGCUUAUUCUCAAAAAAAGAUAAGAAAAAAGAGUUCAUUAGUAAUUAGAGUAUUUUUGUGAAACAAUAUUCAAUUUGUUUUAAUAUGUCAAGUUUUUAACAUAGUGUUUAUAAAUUUAAUAACAAAUUAUCAAGAAUUCUUUAAGGUAUUAGUUUCUCAAGGACUCUUUUGACUAUAUUUGACAGAGAACAAUCAUACUAAGACAAAUACUUUAAGCAAUUUGGUACUGUUGUAUUGAACUUUAAAACUACAUGUCACAUGUACGGUCAGUGAUGUGACAGUUACGUAUUUCAUUUUGUAUUGAAAAUCUCCUGUUACUUACACUGACAAUGAUGCAUUAGUUAAAUCCAGUGUCUGAUUUCACUUUCUAAGUAACAAGUUUUCUUUUAUUUUAUAACAUUUACCAAAUUGCUAAACCUUUUUGUCGAAGUAUGUUUUAUACAAUGAGAUUUGUUCUACCUUAUUUUGGUUGAAUGAAUUGUGAACAUGGUCUGAUGACUUCCACAUAUAUUAUGUAUACAACUGUACAUGUAGGUAUGUACAUGUAUGUAUGUAUGUAUGUGUGGGCAUAUGUAAUUUGUAGGUUUAUUUUAAAUAUUAUACUUGGUGGAUUGUUUCCAAUACUAAAUUCUCUCAAAUAUUUUGUUUAUAUACAUGUAUCGGUUGCUAAUUUGAGGUCAGAUUCAUGUCUAUGCAUAGUACAAGUUUGUACUUACUAUUAUAGUCAUGAAUUGGUCUUUGAAUUGUAACACGGGGGUGAGACAUAGCCCAGUGGUAAAGUGGUCAUCUGAUGUGUGGUCAGUUUAGGAUCAAUCCCCGUCGGUGGGUCCACUGGGCUAUUACUUGUGCCUGUGCCCCACAACUGGUAUA